AUGCAUCCCGAAUCAGGCUUUAUUCUGAUUGUCGUUAUUCCGCUGGGAACUGGGAAUGACUUGGGUCGCACUCUCGGCUGCGGCAACGGUGUGGUUACCUUCAGGGGCGUCAUGCAUAUACUAAAGGGUGUUGGAUACUCGCCGGUCGCUGCUGUGGCUUUGGACCAAUGGAAAGUCUCUAUACAGCAACCAGCCUUAGAGGGUGUCACAGAUGCCCUUACGGUCACCCCCACGGCCUCGGGUGACACGAACUUGCCGUCAUGCAGAGUGCGCGACAGCAGGAGCAACCCCGAGCACACUACACGGUACUUCAAUAACUACUUCAGUCUGGGAUACGAUGCACUCGUCGCUCUGAAGUUCCACAACGGAAGGGAAAAUCACUCGUUUAUGUAUAACUUCCAGUAUCAGAACUUAUUGAUGUACGGCAUACAUGCGCUCGGGACGCUGUGUGAUCGCUUGGACUUGCCGGAGGAUGUGGAGGUGACUGUGGAUGGAAAGAAACUAGAGAUUCCAAAAGGCAUGAAGGGUUUGGUAUUAGUCAACAUACCAAGCUAUGCCGGCGGAAUCGAUCUUUGGGGUAAAAAGUUCAAACCCAAUGAUACUUUAACCCCCCAAAAAUUAGACGACGGCUUGAUAGAGGUGGUGGGUGUGGGUGGCUUCUGGCAUACUGCGUUCAUGAAGAUGGGGAUGAAAAAAGGCAAGCGCCUUGCGCAGGGCCGUAAAGUGGGAUUCAAGAUAAAGAACGAUAUCCCAGUACAAUAUGAUGGAGAGCCAUUUAUUCUGAGUUCCAGCGAAGUUCAAAUAAGCGUGGUAGCACAGCAUCAAAUGGGUGCCACGUCCUCGAAGAAAUGCUGAAUACAAUAUGGAACCUUGCUGAAUCGUUAGUAGAUACGGAAUGCACUCUGAAUCUAUUCAUAUCGAACGGGAAGCUGAGUUCGAUAUAUGGAGACCAUGCUUGUCGGAAUUAGAUACGUCAUGAAUUCGGAAAACUAUUUAUACCGGAAGGGAAGCUGGUCACAACAUCUAUACAUAUUGACAGAAUCGGACGUCGAAGCAGAAUAUAGUGAAAUGCUCAAAAGAUGUGAAAAAUAUCGCAUUCGAAGCACUGCGAGAGAUGCGGCGUCGACAAUGUACAAUCAUUACAUCGCAAAAGAGCAUAUGUAGGUACAAGG